AUGCCCACUUCGAACUCGGACAGUCGGAAGACGCCACAGCUGGGCAGCGAUGAUUUAGUCCCAUUCGACCACGUCGCUGCGGGUCAUGAUGGUGUGCGCUGUACUCAUUCCGGCGCCCUAAUCGCCAAACCGUGUACGAAGCAAGAGGUCGAAUUCUACGAGUCGAGUGCCCUCCACAAAGCCUUCGAGGAGUUCAUGCCGGGGUUCCUCGGAACUCUAUCAUCUGCCGAUCAGCAGCAACAGCUAGCGAUUGCUGCCGCGCAAGAAUCCGGCGCCGUCUUUCUUCCUGGCCCAGCCGACGCGCCCGCUGCUCCCACCCACUCCGACGGACCGGCAUCCCAACCCGAGACGGAAACGAGCACAAGGAGACCCCAUCAUGAGGCAGAACAAUUGUGGGUGCCGUCUGGAGGUAAAAAGCUUGACACUGGGCUCUCUGUUGUUCUGGAGAAUGUUGCUUGUGGGUUCCGCCGACCGAACGUGUUGGACGUGAAGCUCGGAGCGAGACUCUGGGCGGACGACGCGCCACCGGCUAAACGCAACAAGCUGGAUGCGGUGUCCAACGAAACAACGAGUGCAAGUUUGGGAUACCGCAUUGCUGGGAUGAAGGUGUGGACUGGGGAAAGCGGCGAGGCUGAUGAGGGCUCCCGUACCAAUCCAUAUGCCACAAAAUACGAAGCGGCGGAGGGUGCAAAGGGUGAAGUCGUCGAGAAAGAUGGUUUCCGUCGUUACGACAAAUGGUACGGACGAUCUUUUACUGCGGAAAAUAUCAAGCAAGGGUUUGAGACCUACCUCGCCGGUGCCAAAGCUGGCAAGGUGGAUCGCUCGAAGCUGAUUGCGGAACGACUGGCCAAAGAACUGAAAAAUAUUCAAGCGGUCCUUGAGUCUGAGGAGAGUCGAAUGUAUUCUUCAAGUGUGUUGGUGGUCUACGAAGGCGACCCGGAUGCCAUGGAACACGCGUUGGAAGAAGAGAAGAAACACCCCGAUCCAAGAAAUCAAUCGGACGAGGAAGAAGAGGACGUUGACGAUGUCGGCUUCGAAAUUUCCGAAGAAGCUUUGGAAUUAGUCGAUGUCAACCUGGGCAACGGUGUGCCACAAAAAGCCAUCAACAUCACCAUCGAUCCUCAAACGACUCAGAUGCCGGAGAUCGUUGAUGAUGACGAUGAGGAGGAUAUACCCAAGGUUCACGAUCUCCGUGUGAUCGACUUUGCGCACGCAAAAUGGACACCUGGUGAGGGUCCUGAUGAAAAUAUGUUGAUGGGCAUUCGAAAUCUGGUCAAGAUAUUCGAGGAGCUUGCUGUUUGA